GUCUCCAGAGCCGAGCAAGACGUCGGUUCUGAGCAGCGAGGACGGUAUUGAGCCUGUGUCCCCGCCGGAGGGCAUGGCAGAGCCGGGGCACCCCCGAAGCACCGUGUUCCCCCUGCUCUAUCGGGACGGGGAGCAGGCAGAGCCCAGCAGGAUGGGCUCCAAGUCUCCAGGCAACACCACCCAGCCGCCGGCUUUCUUCAGCAAGCUGACCGAGAGCAACUCGGCCAUGGUCAAGUCUAAGAAGCAGGAGAUCAACAAGAAGCUGAACACUCACAACCGGAACGAGCCGGAAUACAACGUUGGCCAGCCUGGGACGGAAAUCUUCAACAUGCCAGCCAUCACUGGAGCAGGUGGCGGGAAGGCCAAGGUCUCUGGCAGGCCCAGCAGCCGGAAAGCCAAGUCCCCGGCCCCGGGCCUGGUGUCUGGGGACCGGCCGCCCUCUGUGUCCUCCGUGCACUCCGAGGGAGACUGCAACCGUCGGACGCCGCUCACCAACCGCGUGUGGGAGGACCGGCCCUCGUCCGCAGGGUCCACGCCGUUCCCCUACAACCCCCUGAUCAUGCGGCUGCAGGCGGGCGUCAUGGCCUCCCCGCCGCCGCCGGGCCUCCCUGCGGGCAGCGGGCCCUUGGCCGGGCCCCACCACGCCUGGGACGAGGAGCCCAAGCCCCUGCUGUGCUCGCAGUACGAGACGCUCUCUGACAGCGAGUGACCCCGCGUGGGCUGGGGGCGCUGGGCCCCGCCGGGCAGGAGCGGCCCGACGGGAUGGGCGGCUGCUGACUCCCCC